AUGGCGACCGACAAGAAGGCGAUGGCGUUCGACGUGGACAUUGGCACCGGCCACCAGAGGGGAAACCCGCAGGACGAAAAGAUUCGGCAUCACCUGGAACAGGAAGCUAGAGAGCAUUCGGGGCGGCUGCAUGAUCCCCAGCAGAGCCUGGAGGAGGCCGAGAAGAGGCGAGAGAAGAUGCUGGAGGACCGCAAGGAGAAGGUAUGGCCCUUGGCCUGA